GGAGCGGGUGCCUUUACGCAGGACCCACAGGUAAUUCAAGGCGCGAAAAUUGGUGUCCUGCCCUUCAUCUUGAUUUUAUGCGUGAUGCAUCCCACCCGCGUUUGCCAAAAUUCCUUGGUGGUCCACGGUGACCUCGGCUUCUAUGUGUGCGCUCAGACGGGUCUCUCGCUUCUCUUCUUUGUGGGUUUGACGCUGCUGGCUGGGAGGUGUGCCAUUGGAAGCAUUUCAGCCUAUCGCAGCAUGUUGUUGGCGACCUUGAUCUUUUACAUAGCCAGCUUCGGCACCUAUGGCUCGCGGGUGCGCUACCUCAACCGACGCCUGGGUGGCUGAAGAUGCCGCGGCCGAAAA